AAUCGGAGGUUGGUAAUGUAAUGCACAAUUAGUUCUUGGAUCCUGGGGAGUGAAAGAAAAGAAAGAGGGGGUCGAUCUCUCUCUUUUAGUUGUACCCAACUUGAUCUUGGGUUCUACGUAUUUAAACGCCGCUGAGGUCUCCUUCUCUUCCUGUCUCUCCUCCUUUUCCAUUCCUUCGCCAACUCCACUACAGAAAGAAGAUCAGACAGUUUAUAAUUAAAGAAAUAACGUAAAGAUGGUGAAGAUCUGCUGUCUCGGAGCUGGAUAUGUCGGAGGUCCAACCAUGGCUGUGAUUGCACUCAAAUGCCCAUCGAUUGAAGUGGUUGUUGUUGAUAUAUCCGUUGCUCGGAUUUCGGCUUGGAACAGCGACCAGCUCCCAAUCUAUGAACCAGGUCUUGAGGAUGUGGUGAAGGAGUGCAGAGGGAGGAACCUCUUCUUCAGCAAUGACAUUGAAAAGCAUGUCUCUGAAGCAGACAUAAUCUUCGUUUCAGUUAACACCCCAACUAAAACUAGAGGCCUUGGAGCAGGCAAAGCUGCAGACCUUACAUACUGGGAGAGUGCUGCUCGGAUGAUCGCUGAUGUUUCCAAAUCUGAUAAGAUUGUGGUUGAGAAAUCUACAGUCCCUGUAAAAACAGCAGAGGCGAUUGAAAAGAUCCUUACCCACAACAGCAAAGGCAUAAACUUCCAAAUCCUCUCGAACCCAGAGUUCCUCGCAGAAGGCACGGCGAUUCAAGAUCUUUUCAAUCCUGAUCGGGUUCUCAUUGGAGGACGGGAAACACCGGAGGGCCAGAAAGCCAUCCAAGCAUUGAAGGACGUCUACGCUCAUUGGGUACCUGAGGAUCAGAUCUUAUCCACCAACCUUUGGUCCGCUGAGCUCUCAAAACUUGCUGCGAAUGCCAUCCUAGCUCAGAGGAUCUCGUCCAUCAAUGCCAUGUCCGCACUGUGCGAGGCGACAGGAGCCGAUGUGACAGAAGUGGCAUAUGCUGUUGGUAAGGACUGUAGGAUCGGGCCUAAUUUUCUCAACGCCAGUGUUGGGUUUGGCGGGUCGUGCUUCCAAAAGGACAUUCUCAACCUGGUCUACAUCUGCGAAUGCAACGGGCUCCCAGAGGUUGCAAACUACUGGAAGCAAGUGAUCAAGAUCAAUGAUUAUCAGAAGAAUCGCUUUGUAAACCGUGUGGUGUCAUCCAUGUUCAACACGGUCUCAGGCAAGAAGAUUGCAGUGCUUGGGUUUGCAUUCAAGAAGGACACGGGGGACACAAGGGAGACGCCUGCGAUCGAUGUGUGCAAGGGGCUUUUGGGUGACAAGGCCAACAUCAGCAUCUACGACCCACAGGUGACUGAGGACCAAAUCCAACGGGAUCUGUCCAUGAACAAGUUCGAUUGGGACCAUCCAAUUCACCUCCAGCCCAUGAGCCCCACUGCCGUUAAGCAGGUAACCGUGACGUGGGAUGCCUACGAAGCUACGAAGGAUGCUCAUGGGAUUUGCAUUUUGACUGAGUGGGACGAGUUCAAGGCCCUUGAUUACCAGAAAAUCUAUGAUAACAUGCAGAAGCCUGCGUUUGUGUUUGAUGGCCGCAAUGUUGUCAACAUGAAUAAGCUGAGGGAGAUUGGAUUCAUCGUCUACUCCAUAGGAAAGCCUCUAGAUGCAUGGCUCAAGGACAUGCCUGCUGUGGCUUAAAAGGACUGUAUAAGCAAGCUAUUGAUUCUUUCUCAUUUCUUUCUUUCUUUUUCAAAUUUUUGUUUUGGUUCUUUCUUUUUAUAAACAUUGCUGCUGCUGCUUCCGUUGUCAUUCCUUUUGCAAACUAAUUAGCUUUUAUA